UCACCACUUUCAUUGCUCUCUUUUUUUGUUCUACAAUAUAAUUAACGUAGUAGAUCAUACAGAGUGCUCUAAUAUUAUUCUUCACAUAUCCAUGGCUUCUUUUGCUUCUUCGGCAACCAAAAUCUAUUGUACCAAUAUCCUUUCUCAUGACAGGUUUGAUCAUGGCAAAGAUGAACCUUAUUUUGGGAAGGUGAAAAUCAAUGAAAAAACCAAGAAAAAUCUAGACUUGAAAUUGGUUACAAACGUAGCCAGCCAAUUGCCUGUGAUUGUUCUACCACCAGAUGAAGUGGUCAAGAAGGAGAAGAAGCUCGCUGCAUGGACUAGUGUUCGCCAAGAAAGAUGGGAAGGAGAGCUCGUCGUAGAAGGCGACUUACCACUCUGGCUGAAUGGUACGUACCUGAGAAAUGGCCCAGGACAAUGGCACAUAGGGAACUACAAUUUCCGGCAUCUUUUCGACGGCUACGCCACCUUAGUCCGUCUUCAUUUCGAAAACGGACGGCUAAUAAUGGGUCACAGGCAAAUCGAAUCAGACGCAUACAAGGCAGCAAAACACAACAACAAAAUUUGUUACAGGGAAUUUUCCGAAGUACCUAAGCCAGACAAUUUCUUGUCCUACAUUGGUGACAUGGCCAAAUUACUCUCCGGCGCGUCUCUAACCGAUAACGCCAACACCGGAGUCGUUAAGCUUGGCGACGGCCGAGUCGUUUGCCUAACGGAGACAAUAAAAGGAUCAAUCGAAAUUGAUCCGGACACACUUGACACAAUAGGGAAAUUCGAGUUUAGUGAUUCGUUAGGCGGGUUGAUACAUUCGGCUCAUCCAAUUGUAACGGACACUGAAUUUUGGACGUUGAUACCAGAUUUGAUAAAUCCAGGAUAUUUAGUAGUGAGAAUGGAAGAAGGAACAAAUGAGAGGAAGUAUAUAGGUAGAGUGAGUUGUAGAGGUGGACCUGCUCCAGGAUGGGUCCAUUCGUUCCCAGUGACGGAACAUUACAUUAUUGUGCCGGAAAUGCCACUAAGGUAUUGUGCCCAAAAUUUAUUAAAGGCUGAGCCCACACCACUUUACAAGUUUGAGUGGCACCCUCAUUCCAAAGGUUUCAUGCAUGUUAUGUGUAAAGCCAGUGGCAAUAUUGUGGCAAGUGUGGAAGUGCCAUUAUUUGUGACAUUCCAUUUCAUAAAUGCAUACGAGGAGAAAGAUGAAGAUGGCAGAGUUACUGCUGUUAUUGCAGACUGCUGUGAACAUAGCGCCGACACCACCAUCCUUGACAAGCUCCGGCUUGAGAAUCUUCGGUCAUUCAACGGCGAGGACGUCUUGCCCGAUGCAAGGGUUGGGAGAUUCAGAAUACCAUUGGAUGGGAGUCCACAUGGAGAGUUAGAAGCAGCAUUGGACCCAAAUGAACAUGGGAGAGGCAUGGAUAUGUGCAGCUUUAAUCCUUGUUAUUUAGGCAAGAAAUAUAGAUAUGCUUAUGCUUGUGGUGCUAAGAGGCCUUGUAAUUUCCCCAACACUCUUACAAAGAUUGACUUGUUUGAGAAAAAGGCAAAGAAUUGGUACGAUGAGGGAGCUGUGCCUUCUGAACCAUUCUUUGUGGCUCGACCUGGUGCAACCGAGGAAGACGACGGAGUUGUGAUCUCAAUGAUCAGUGACAAAAAUGGAGAAGGAUAUGCUCUAAUAUUGGAUGGAUCCACAUUUGAAGAAAUUGCACGAGCAAAGUUUCCUUAUGGUCUUCCCUAUGGACUGCAUGGUUGCUGGGUUGCAAAGAAAUAGAACCACCCUCCACAUCCUAGACUGAUAGCCAAAUAUACCUUACAAGUCAUAUAAUUAAGAUAUUACAUUUUCCAGCUCUUGAAUAGCUAAUGUAGUACUUUGUGCAUAUUAAUGAUAUACAUGAGUACUAUGAUUGCAUAUAUAUUAUCUGCAAUGAUCAUUUAUCAGUAAUACACAUAUGAACCUUUGAUUAAGA